UCACUUCCGCCAUUUUGACAUGAAAACAUCCUGUGGUGGAAGAAACUCCCUCAGCGAUGUCCAGGAACAAUGAAGCAAACUCCUUCAGCCAGAGUUAUAAGCUGGUUGUAGUUGGAGGUGGAGGUGUGGGCAAAAGUGCCUUAACUAUUCAAUUUAUUCAGUCGUAUUUUGUGACGGACUAUGACCCUACGAUAGAGGACUCAUACACUAAACAAUGUGUGAUUGAUGAGGUUGUGGCCAGACUGGACAUCUUAGACACAGCAGGCCAGGAGGAGUUCAGCGCUAUGAGGGAACAGUAUAUGAGAUCUGGUGAGGGAUUUCUGUUAGUCUUCUCCGUUACAGACAAAAGUAGUUUCAAUGAAAUCUAUAAGUUCCACAAACAGAUCCUACGUGUGAAGGACCGCGAGGAGUUUCCUAUGAUCCUAGUGGCCAACAAGGCAGACCUUGAUCAUUCGAGAGUGGUGAGUCGGGAAGAAGGCGCUGAACUAGCGGAACAAUUAGGUAUUAACUACAUAGAAGCUAGUGCCAAGGUGCGAGUGAACGUGGAUCAGGCGUUUUAUGAUCUGGUCAGAUUCAUCAGAAAAUUUCAAGCAGAAGAGCGGCCUGCUGUGAAGCCGGGAGGUGACAGGAAGAGGAGAAAAUGUACGAUACUGUGAUGGUUUAUACAGGCCAGUGUGACACACACUCUGAUUGGCUAAUUCUUGGAGGAUGACACAACAAGGAUGGCCCCGAAGACUGAUGUGACAUGCUCUGAUUGGCCAAUGUUCGGAGUAUGGCUGGUAUGACAUUCUCUGAUUGGCCAAUAUUCGGAGGAUGGCUGGUAUGACAUUCUCUGAUUUGGCCAAUGUUCGGAGGAUGGCUGGUAUGACAUUCUCUGAUUGGCUUAUCAAUGGAGGAUGUUGCAUUAGGGACGAUUCACCAAAAAGACUAGUGUGAUGUUCUCUGAUUGGUUUAUGAUUGGAGGAUGUCACAAUAGGGACCACCCCCUCCCGCCCCCUUUUCCUGAGGCUAGUAUAACAUGCUCUGAUUGGCUGGCAGACUCAGAUGUCUUGUGAGUGUCUGUCACAGGAGGUUGUCGUCCGGGCUACAAAAUCUGCCUUCCAAAUACCCGGUUCAUUGUUGCUUACUACACCUCUUGCAGAAUAAUCAGGAAACUCAUUUUUUUUAUCUCACAUCUAUUAUGCAGAUUAUUGUAUGUGCUGUGUGUUUAUUUGUCCCCAAUGUUCAGCAUAAUCAUAAAAUCAGGCACAAAUUCCUUGAAAAAGAAUUGACUUCAGGCUUGAGUGUUCUGAAAGUUCCUUUUCCUUAGAUCUGAUUUUUUUAUGAGUUCUCUUGAAAUUUUCUUUUAUGCCUUCAUUCUACCAUAAUUUCUAAUGUUCAUGAUUACCAACAAAGAAAAAUAAUGAAAUUCAAAUUACUCCAAAACAUUUCGUCGUAGCAAAAACUGUUCUUAAAAAUGCUUGGCUUUAUUCCAGAUUUAUGAAAAUAGAACGUGUUUUCAGGAAAUUUUCUUUUAUCAGUUGAAAAGUUUGGUUCAUGUACUAGUGUAUAUAUAUCAAAAAUAAUAUCAGAUGUAUUUAUUCAAUUACCAAGUUAAAUAUAAAAAAAUAUUAUGUCAGGAAAUCUCGAAUCUUGAGCUAAUUCCCCUUGAGAAAUCAAGGAACUUGUUUGUAGUUUGUCAGGUAUCUAGUUGAGGAAAAGAUUUGUUUUCAUGAUUGCUAAAACCGCAACUUAAAUACCAACUUAGAACUUAUAUUAACCUGUCUUCUAGAAACUGUAAGGAUAUUUGAAGACUGUCAAAGAUGGUUUAAU